AUGUCAGUCUUCGAUACAGUCCUGUUUCUUUUUUAUGCAGACAAUUCAAGUCAUUUACUCCAGCAACUACAGAAACUGGAUUGGGGAAAAAUGCAGCUCUUGAUGCAGAAACUGAUUUUGAUAACAUCAUUAUCAAGACGUAUAAAUGCAUCUGAUUUCACUGAAUUGGGGAAAAAUGCAGCUCUUGAUAUCUCCAAAGUCAUUGACAUGUUGAUUGAGGAAUUUGCUAAAUCCCCUCAAGCAAAUCAUCAAAAGAUCUCCAAAAUCAUUGACAUGUUGAUUGAGGAAUUUGCUAAAUCCCCUCAAGCAAAUCAUCGAAAGGGUGGUCUUAUUGGCUUAGCUGCUGUGACAAUUGGUUUGUCUUCUGAAGCUGCUCAACGAUAUCUUGAGGAGAAAACCGCUUGUCAAUCGGUUGGGUAUUUGAGGAGUUAUGGUCGUUUUAUUUUGGGAGGUUUCUGCAGUUUUGAUCUGCGAUCAGUCCAAUUCGAGGGAGGAUUUCCGUCGAAACGUUGGGAAUCAGAGAACGAUCUAUAA